AUGACGAAUUCGAGCAGUGAUAUACGAGUAGUAGUAGGAAUUGAUUUUGGAACAACUUAUUCAGGAUUCUCUUACGCGAAUGUGAAAACACCCAAUAAAAUAGAGACUAACGAUAUUUGGCUCGAAACGCAAGGCGAAUUCAAAACAAAUACGGUUAUUCGAUAUGAUAACAAGUUCAAUGUUGUUAAGUGGGGUUUACCUGCGUUAGCCGAAAAGAUUUCCAGAAAAAGUAAAAAUUCAAAAUCUGAAGAUAUUCAGAUUGCUGAGUUAUUCAAACUUCAUCUUGGCGAAAUUGCCGACGAAAAAAAACCAAAGUUACCUUUAGGUUUAAAUCCAAGAAAAGCAGUCACGGAUUAUUUAUGUGAAAUUGGAAAGCUUAUGAAGGCCAAAAUAUCUGACCGAUGGCCAGGGUUAAUUUACUUUAAACAUGUUCGAAUUAUUCUCACUGUACCUGUUGAAUACGAUGAGAAAGUUCGCGCCAUCAUGCGACAAUGUGCCUACGAUGCUGAACUCCUACUUACAGUUGAAUCAGAAAACCUGGAAUUUACUACCGAACCGGAAGCUGCUGCCAUGUAUUGUCUUGAAACUUUAAGUGAACAUCCUUUGAACGAAGGAGAUUCAUUUAUGAUUGUUGAUUGUGGCGGCGGUACGGUCGAUUUGACAGUUCGCACUCUUCUUCCUAAUUCGAAAUUAAGCGAAAUGACUGAAAGUACUGGUGAUUUUUGCGGAUCUACAUAUAUUGAUAAAGAAUUUAAAAAGUUUCUUGCUCGUAAAAUUGGACUCUCUGCUUUUCGAUUGUUAGAGGAGAAACAUUAUCCUCAGCUCCAAUAUUUGAUUCAAUAUUUCUGCACACAAAUAAAGCUUCCAUUCGAUGGGAAUUUAAAUACAUGGAGGGAUAAAGAAAUUGAUCUUGAAGAAGUUUGUCCCGUUCUUUUGCAAUAUGUUAAAGGAGAGGAAAGAGAUAGGUUAGAAUCAAUGGAAUGGAUGAUAGAAUUGGAUUUUGCAACAGUCAAAUCAUUCUUUGAUAAAGUUAUCGAGAAAAUCAUUAAUCUUAUUCAUCGACAACUAUCGAAUUCAAGCAAGAAUAUUUCAGCAAUAUUUUUAGUUGGUGGUUUUUCGGAAUCUAAAUACUUGUUACAUAGAAUUCGAAAUGAGUUUAGUAAUCGAAUUUCUUAUAUUUCUGUGCCUUCUCAUCCAAUUGCUAGCGUUGUGAAAGGAGCUGUCCUUUAUGGUCUUAAAACGGAUACAAUUCAAACUCGUGUUCUCAAAAAUACUUAUGGAAUUAGAAUGUUACGUGAUUGGACCCCUGCUGAUCCAGUCUCGAAACUCGUAAUGAUAGAUUCGGAAAAACAUGUUCGUUAUUUUGAAAGAUUAGCUAAAAAGGGCACUCAAGUUCCAGUCGACCAAGAAUUCAAAAAAAUAGUUUAUCCGGCGUAUAAAGAUCAGUCUGAGUGUAAUUUCUUUAUCUACAAAACUAAGGCUGAUGAUGGAGAAUACUGUGAUGAACCAGGAAUGGAACUUUUCGGAAAACUUAAUUUGGAACUACCUGAUGUUCAUCUUGGUUUUAGUCGUCCAAUGGAAUUCACUUUAACUUUUGGUCAAAUGGAAACACGUGCUUUUGCGAAAGCUCUUAAAAAAUUCAUGUUUAAAUUAAAGAUAUGA